AAAACGUUUCGUAUACGUAUUGCACAUGACGAGGCAAUUUUGAAAGAAGCAAACGAAUUUAUGUACUAUAUCAGAGACAAUAAAAAGGUGUUUUCCGUUGGAAUCCUCACAAUGUAAAUAUAAACACAGAACGUUUCAUAUACGUUUUACACAUGACGAGGCAAUUUUGAAAGAAUCAAACGUAUAAAUGUUCAAUAUCUGAGGCAAUAUUAUUGAAUAUUAUACAAAAUGCUCGCUAUCGAUAAUACAAACUUACAGAAUGUUGAAGAGGAAUCUUGGGGAGAUAUUUUGAAAUUGGAAAACAACAACAACACGUUGCUUGAUGCUACAUUAAUAGCUUUGGAAACUGGUAAUCUGGCUCCACUGAUUAAAGAAGACUUAAAGUACACAAUACAGUCUAGACGACACAAACAAGGACAAAAGGAACUAAAAGUUGAGGUUCCCGAGGAAAAAAUAUAUGAGCUGACAGUGGAAGAACAGAUGAAAAUUGACAGACGUCGUGAACAAAACAGACAAGCAGCACAUAGGUUUCGUGAAAAGAAGAAAAUUACUUCAUCGCUACUUUUCAAGAAAAUACAAGAGCAAGAAGCUGACAAUAUGAAAAAGAUAAACGAAAUAAAAGAACUCACUGAAGAGAAGGAACAGUUACAGAAAAUGCUGUUUGAACAUUUGUUGGUGUGUCCUAAUGCAAAACAAUGCAUCCGAUUUCAGCCAUGAACUUUUAAGGGUGAAACAAUUAUCUACCACUUUUUAGAUGAUAGGAAUAAACUAAGAUUGCAAUCGUACUGUGUUCCGAGGUAAUAAGACAUUAACUGCCUAAGAAUGAGUAAUAAGACAUUAACUUCCUAAGAAUGAGUAAUAAGACAUUAACUUCCUAAGAAUGAGUAAUAAGACAUUAACUUCCUAAGAAUGAGUAAUAAGACAUUAACUUCCUAAGAAUGAGUUAAAAGAUGCAUAGUUCCCCAGAAAUGCAUGCAUAAAACUAGUUCAGAGAACAACAAACCCAUAUUAUGCGAAUCCUUUUUUUAGAUUGAAGUUUUCGGGUCAACUGUUUGGCAUAAGUAUGCUGAGAUUAGUUUCACGAAUUGUUAUAGUAGUUUCGUCUUAGUAAGAAAAGGAAAAAAUAUAAGUAUAUACAAACAUGGUAUGCAUCGAACAUUAGUAAACUACUGUUGCCUUUUAUACAUAAUAAGUGUAAGUGUAUAGACAUUGAAUCAGUGUUGUAUUAUUUCAUAUAGAUAUUAGAGAAAUUUAUCAUUGACUUACUAUAUCAAUCAAUUGUAUUAUGAUGUAUUGUUUCUAAUUAUUUUUUUAAUGAGAAGACAAAUAACGUCUAGGGCUAAUAAUGAUUUUUGUGAAAGAAAGGUUUGUGUUCAAUAUUAUUAAAUAGUAUUUACUCAGAUAAACUGUAUUGACUGUACAUGUAAUUAUUAUGGCAUUUUACUCAGUUUCUUGUUUUUACUUAACAUUGAUACCAAGGAGAUUUUUAUAGGUAUUAAUUGUAAUGUAAUGUAUUUUCAGUGAUUAUUUUCUGCUGAUAAGACAAGAACAUGUCUAUGUAUGGGUAGAAAUGCUUUUGUGAAAAUAUUUUUUUUAAUAUUUGUAUUUUUUGUACACAUUUUACUAUAUAAUAAAUGUUUCGUUUAA